CCUAACUCGCAGAGACAGGCAGUGAAACACAAAUACACAACUAGCCCCUAAGCACACAGAUGUGCAUACAUUUCUAUAGAAUAGGGGCUAGGGGUUGAUUUGUGAUUCAGGGAGACAGCACGAUCGCUUGGGACUUAGCUGGACUGCUAAAACGAUUCAACCUUUAUUCAACUUUUUCUCCUAUCUGAAAAUUGUCCAGUGCCUUUCAACUGCAUCCUCAUUAUAGGCUGCGGUUGUUUUUGUUUGUUGCUACUAAUUUAAAUGUAUAGUAUUCCAUCAGUUUAUUUGUUUUGCAUCAAAUGCAUGAUCCAAAUCAACUGCAUGAACAAGAGUAUUUGUUUUAUUUAACCUUUUAUUUCAUUCCAUCAGCAUGUAGAUAUAUACAGUAACACCAUGCUUGUUUUGCCUACUAACUGGUUGAAUUUUCUUUUCUUAUCAUUAAUGUGUAGUGCAUGUCAGUUGCAUGUCACUUAUGCAUGGAUAUGUUGUUGUCCGUUCCCUGCCUCCUCCUCCUAAGGCAUGAUGGGAGCUUAUGGCCCCCCCUACGGUAUGCCCAUGCAGGGCCCCUAUGAGGGCUUGCUGGGUAUGGGCCCAAUGCCACCUCACCAUAUGGGCUCGAUGCCCCCCCAACACUUCCAGCCAGGUAUGCCUGGGUACCACCCUGGCAUGCCCCACCCGGGUAAGGACCCCCUACCAGCCACCGUCCACUCCAGGCCAAGGCCACACCUGUCCUGGUCAGUCAGUAGCUCCCAGUCAGUCGUGUCUGUCUCUCCUGCUGGAGGGGCUUACCUGGUCUACAGGCAGGCUGUGCUGUGGUGGCCCACUGACCACUCAGGCUGCCAAACAUCUGUCUGCUGGGAGAUAAAGUGCACUCCAGAGUUGGUCAGCUGCAGGCAGCAGAACAAAACACAUUGAAAGUAAAGAAGGUAGUGUGUAGAGGUACUUGCUUGACUGCCUGGUAGACAGACAGUUUGAAAUGAAGAUGCUCUGCAUCGUAGCUAUAUCGUGUGCAACUGACUACCUUUUCAGUCUGUCUGUCCGUCAAGCACUACAGGGGUCCACCGUCAUUUACUUCUCUACACGCAUACUUCUCUACACAUCUACUCUCAUAUCUAAUUUCUCUCAAACAUCAGAAUCCAUGCUCGCCUCAAUUAACACAUGAACAAACAUGUAAUGCCCGUGGAGCAAUGACUACAGCUAACCCUUUAUCUCACCAGUUUCUGUAAAGAUCACACACGUUUAUUUUCCAGCAUGCAUUCUAUGCACAUCCACCAUGUUAUAUAGCCUACACUAUGAAUGUAUCAUGCAACAACUAUUACCCUCAUACAACAGUGCUUGCCGUCUUGUCACGAUUUUGUGGGAACUCGUUGUGAUAGGUAUGAUGGGUCCUGGUAUGAAUGGCAUGCAAGGAAGUCCCGGAGGCCACCACUACAUGCAACAGGUAAAAGUCGAACUUACAAUGACCAAUGAGCUACUGCACUGAUACUUUCUAUCAUCUGGAACUAUUUGCAUGUUGUGUAUGAUUCCUGAUUGGAUUUCCGUUAGUUCCAUAUGUUAUAUUUUAUCCAAAUGCAGUGGGAAAGUUAUUGUUUUCCUGUAUCUCCCUCAGCCUGGGAUGCAGGCCCCUCCACCAUACCCAGGCAUGGGCCAGCUAGGGCAACCCUCCCACCUCCAGCCCACGACCCCCAUGUUUGUGGCUCCACCGCCCAAGACCCAGAGGGUGCUCCACUCUGAGGCCUACCUCAAGUACAUUGAGGGCCUGAACGCAGAGAACAACACUGUCAGCAAGUGGGACCAAUCUCUCAAAGCACGUAGGAGAGAUGUCCACCUGUCCAAAGAGCAGGAGAGCAGACUCCCUUCCCAUUGGUUGAAGAGCAAGGGAGCCCACACGACGAUGGCAGACGCACUGUGGCGCCUGCGGGACCUGAUGCUUCGAGACUCACUGAACAUACGUCAGGCGUACAACUUGUAGAAACCUCUUAACAACUGUGUGUUCCUAGCUGACUACAUUGCAGACACCUGUCAGAUCUCCAACAUACUUGGAUAGGUGUUUAACAUAUUAGCUAACCACAUAAAAUGCACACAACCAUUGGUUGAUUCAAUGCAAAUGUCUGCAAUGUAGUUGACCUGGUACACGACCACUGUCACACGCUCACUGUCCUCAUCGUAGAAUGGACACAGGAAGAAGAAUUAGGUGAUAGAGAAGCAAUAUUUUAUAGUGAAUCAAUCAUGGAUUUUUAUAUUUUUUUAGAGCAGAAUAAGCUUAGGUUUGUCAUUUCUUUAUUUUGUAUCAUGUUUGUGAUUUCUCAAUGUAAGUUCAUGUUCUUAGCCGCUUAUGGUCAGUCACUGACAAAAUACAUUUGCUGAGAACAUUUAUGGUUGUUUCAUUUGUGUUGUCUGUUUUGAGUCACCCAUGCACCACAAGGUUUAUAACGGGAGAUAUCCCGCAUAAAAUUCAGGCCUAGGUGUGGCCACUCACAUGUAGUCUUCAAAGGGUUUCUGAGCCUUUAUUGGAGCUAUGGAUGUGCUUGUCUGUGGCUAACAGACAUGUCUAUACUAUGACAUUUCUGAUGUUCAUUCAUUAGCUACAAAAUAAUCCACUUUCCAGGCAGACAUCCUCCUAGCUGAACGAUGUCAUUUCCCGGAAGAGACAGCCAAGAUUGGGCCAUUCUCUUUAGUGUUUGCCUUGUCUGCCUUUCCCCCACCUCUUCACUAGAAACAUUUUGAUCCAAAAUCACACGGAAACCCUACACAACUGGCGCAAAAACAAACCAAUACAACACUUAAGCAACGUAUCCAAAUGGAAUAACUAAGAACUGAACAGAAAGAUAACGAGGUGAGGUUUAUUAGACGACUCUUAGACGCUAGCUAAAUGCUAGCCAGACAUGAUUUGCUGCAGGAGUUACCUAACGUUAGAUGGCUAAGCUUGCGGCGUCGGAUCGUUCAUUUUUAAGCUCAGUGCUUCAGAUGUUGCUAUGCCGGAUGCAAACGUGUCAUUGCAAAUUAUAACUAUACUGUAGUUAUGUUUUCAAAGCACAUUUAAAGUACAAACGCCAUGAGUGUGAAAUGUAUUAGAUAACUUAGCUAACUUACAUAUCUAGCUUAAUGUUAGGCUAGGUUCGAUAGCUAUCUACCGGUACUUAUAACAAGCGUGCAACCACCUGCAUUUGUCUAGACAACCAGAAUUAAUCAAUGACCGUUUUGUAAAAAAUACAUUAUAGUAGUUGGGUACUAACGUUAGUAGGUAAGUUAUGUGAUAUGAAACGAAGUUAGCCAGCUUGCUAGACAGCUAACGUUAGUUGGCUAAGUUGUAGCUAGCGGAACACGCCUUACAAAGAACCUUCAAACGACAGUUUCCAACUGGAAUUCCAAACUUGGUAUUCUCUCACCAAGUUUGGUAUUAAGUUAGACUAUGUUAGCCACAUUGCAGGGAAAUAAUUGUCGUUUGAAUGUUCUCUGUAUUGCAAUCCAUGUUUUAUGUCUAAUGCAAAAUCACAGCACCCUUAUAACCAUUUCAUGCAUGGGUGUUGUCCAGGUGUUGCAACGUAUUAAUUGCUCUGUCUUGUCACUGCUGGCCUGGAUCAACAAAGGCCCCUGAAAGCCAGUUGUGCAAGGCACUGACAGUGGGCAUUGUUGUAGUGAUGCGAAUGUGGCAUCUCAAAAUGCAGUUAACAAGCUACCCCAAAACAAACACUAUACCAUUCUCUUUGUUACCCUCUUUUCAGGGAGAGCUUUGCAGUCACUCCUCUCAAAAUCGAAUAAACCCUAAACGUCUAUUGCUGCUGCACUGAAAAGCACCCACCUCAACUCAACCUGAGCCCAACCAGCCAGUAUGUUCCAGUGUCCGGGUAACCCUAUGUCCAGCGCUGCUGCCAGCCCCAUGCAGCAGCUGUCUCAGCCCCAGCCAGGGUACAGCAUCCCCUGUGCCUCGAGUCCCCUGCCCUCUGAGAGCGCCAGUCACCCUCUCCGGAGCUCAGCCCUGCCCUUGGGCUCAGCCACUCCCUUCAGCCCCACCUCCACAGGUGUGUGAGUGUGUGUCAAAGCUGUCUGUGUGUCUCUCUCAAUGGGCUUAUCUGUUUUUGUUUGUUUGUUUUUAGUAUCUAACAUGGCAAACCCUAAAGAGAAGACCCCCAUGUGUCUGGUGAAUGAGUUAGCCCGUUUCAAUAAGAUCCAGCCUGAGUAUAAGCUGCUCUGUGAGCAAGGACCAGCUCACUCCAAGAUCUUCUCAGUGAGGUUAUCGCUAGGGGAUCAGCACUGGGAGGCAGAGGGGACCAGCAUAAAGAAGGCCCAGCACUCUGCAGCUGCCACAGCCUUGGCCCAGACCACAAUGCCCAAACCUAGCAUGAGAAACAAUACCCGCAACAACACAGUAGACUGCAUGACGCAAACGGUGGAGCUGAAUUCCCUCUGUAUGAAGUUAGGGAUGAAGCCUAUGUACAAGCCCAUAGAACCUUACCCCGGGAUGAGACCACCCAGCUUCAACUACAACAUCAGGGCACCGGGGCCUUACCAACGCUCCAUGCAACAGUACUACUACCCGUUUCCCCCAGUGGGGCCGGUGCUGUACCACAUGGAGCUGAACAUCGGGGGCCAGCAGUUCCAUGGGAAGGGGCGUACGCGGCAGCUCGCCAAACACGACGCCGCCUCCAAGGCUCUGAAGACUCUGCAGAAGGAGCCCAUACUGCUGCAGCAGCUGCCUGAGAUGAAUGGAGAAGACACUGAAGAGAACCUCAACAAAUCAGAAAUCAGCCAGGUGUUUGAGAUCGCACUGAAGAGGAACAUGCCUGUCAACUUUGAGGUUCUGAAGGAGGCAGGUCCUCCCCACAUGAAGAGCUUCAUGGUGCGUGUGGCGGUGGGGGAGUUCUGUGGUGAGGGCGAGGGCAAGAGUAAGAAGAUCGCUAAGAAGCUGGCAGCUACAGCCGUGCUGGAGGAACUGAGGAGACUGCCCCAGCUGAUCCCCUGCGUGGAAAAGAUGCAGCCAGCACGCAUCAAGAAGAAGACCAAGUCCAUCAUUAAGCUGCAGACCAGUCCAGAAUAUGGCCAGGGCAUGAACCCCAUCAGCAGACUGGCUCAGAUCCAGCAGGCUAAGAAAGAGAAAGAACCAGAGUACAACAUGCUGACAGAGAGGGGGCUGCCCAGACGCAGGGAGUUUGUUAUGCAGGUGACGGUGUGUGGUCAGUGUGCGGAGGGCUUGGGCCCCAGUAAGAAGGUAGCGAAGAAGAACGCAGCAGAGAAGAUGCUGGAGCUUCUAGGUUUCAAAGUGCCUCAGCCGCAGCCCCACAAACCUGCGCUCAAAAUGGACGAAAAGGUUCCACUGAAGAAAAAUGGAGAUGGGAGGAAAGUGACCUUCUUUGAGCCAGGCUCUGUGGAAGAGAGCCAGUCGCUGGGUUCCAAGGAGGAGGACUACCGCCUGCCCUUCCUCAGCCACCAGCAGCUCCCAGCAGGCAUUCUGCUCAUGGUGCCUGAGGUGGCCCAGGCUGUAGGGGCCAGCCCUAGCCAGGGGCACCAGAACAAGGACUACGGUCCCCGGGCCAACCCUGCCAAGGCCACCUUGACGGCCAUCAUCGCCAAUGAGCUGCUGUACGCUGGUGCCUCCCUGACCGCCGAGACCAUUCUGAAGAGCCAGAACAGUGUUGGUCAUCUAGUACCCCAUGGACCCCUGACCAGACCCUCUGAACUGCUCAGCUACCUGGCCAAUGUACAGGGACUGCAGGUGGAAUACAAAGACUUCCCCAAAAACAACAAGAAUGAAUUUGUAUCGCUGAUCAACUGCUCCUCCCAGCCCCCCCUCAUCAGCCAUGGCAUUGGCAAGGACGUGGAGUCCUGUCACGACAUGGCUGCCUUGAAUAUCCUGAAGAUUCUGUCAGAGCUGGACCAGCACCAGCAGCAGACCAAUGACAGGGCAGGGAACGUACCACUCCCUGGGUGUGGUAAACAGGACAUGGAGGGCAGUGACUCUCUCCUCAUCAAACAGGCUAACUCAAGCACCCUGGGACAACAGACUCUGGAUGGCACUGUCUAGACAGACGCACACCAUUGGUUGUUUGAAAGAAGCACUAAAAGAAAACUAACACUGUUCUGAUAGGCUGUUUUAGAUUUCUACAGGAAGCUGAGGGCAACCAUCACUAGUGUUCAUAUUGUAUGAAAUGUUCAGUUAAACAAGAUUGAUAGAAGAAAAAUUACAUUUAUUUCCUCCUCCUUGAUUUUGUUUAAUUGUGCACAUUAUUCAUAAUUUUUUUGUUGCUUUAUAGAAACAAAUUUGCUGCAUCAUAGCCCAUAUAUAUAUGUUGAGAUAAGAUGGAAUAAUGUUAAUAUCAUAACUGUGAAAAUCAGCUUUUGAGAAGAAGCGUUUUGUCUAUUUUUCCCUUUUUUUCUGUUAAUGAGAUCUUUCUCUUAUUUUUAAAUGUUGUUUAAGUCUUCAUUGACCCUGGAAUUAUUGGAGGGUUGUUAACAGACCUGGGUUAAAAAACAAAUGAAAUCUUUCAAAUACGUGGAGAGUUUGCUUUGAGUGCCAGAUGGGCGGAGUUUGCCGUUUUGCCUCUGAGCUUGCCUGGAAAAAUGGAAUAAUCAAACCCAGCUAAAGUAUUUGAAAUUAUUUAAAAUAGCUUUUUAACCCAGGUCUGGUUGUUACAAUAGCGUUUACUUGUGAAGUAUGGGACCCCAUAGAAGGAUAGGAUGCAGCUAGCGAACCACUGUUGAUUUUCCUAGAGUGCUUUAUAACAACAACCACCACAAGUGAACAGUGUUUAUCUACAUUACCAUGUAGGGCUGCGAAGGUUUUGUGACUAAGUAUAGCGUGUGUGAUGUCCUGUGAUUUUGUCUGUCCCCACUGUCAGAGGUGUCGGGGCAGUAUAAGUCUGUGUUGCGUAGGGUCCUAGCACGAUAUCCCCCCUCUCUCCCCUUGUUGUCAAACCACCUCUCUGCUCCCCAUGAAAUGUAAGUAAAACUUAUGCUAUCACGCACAAAACAAAACCA